AUGGCCACUUCGAACCAGGGAGAAGUUGGUUUAGAGCCGGAAAGCCUGGUGUCUUCCUGGGGGCUGAAGAAAGACUAUAACCAGCGGGUAUUUGUGAACCGCAGCCUAGCCCUGGGAAAGAUCAGAUGUUUUGGAUUCGACAUGGACUACACCCUGGCUGUGUACAAAUCUCCUGAUUACGAGGCCCUGGCAUUUGAACUACUUCUGGAAAGGCUGGUCUGCGUCGGCUACCCCCACGAGAUCCUCCGCUAUGUCUAUGACCCUUCCUACCCCACCAGGGGCCUAGUGUUUGAUGUACUCUACGGCAACCUGUUGAAGGUGGACACCCAUGGGAACGUGUUGCUGGCUACUCAUGGUUUCUCCUUCCUCACUGACACUGAAAUCUGGAGUUUUUACCCCAGUAAGUUCAUUCAUCGGGAUGACAUGCAAAGAUUCCACAUUCUCAAUACUCUCUUCAACCUUCCAGAAACGUAUCUGUAUGCCUGCCUCGUGGACUUUUUUACUAACUGCUCCAGAUACAUUAACUGUGACACAGGCUACCAGCACGGGAACCUCUUCAUGUCUUUCCGUAGCCUCUUCCAGGAUGUGUCUGAUGCCAUGAACAACGUCCACCUGUCGGGCUGCCUCAAGGAGAAGACCUUGGAGAACUUGGAGAAGUAUGUGGAGAAAGAUGCCCGAAUUCCUCUCCUAUUGGGAAAGAUGAAGGAAGUUGGGAAAGUGUUUCUGGCCACCAACAGCAAUUACAACUACACCAACGCAAUCAUGACCUAUCUGUUCGACUGUGGUCAGGUGGAAGCUUUGGCUCGGCCCUGGCAAUCCUAUUUUGACCUGAUUGUGGUGGACACGCAGAAACCACGCUUCUUUGCAGAGGGGACUGUGCUGAGACAGGUCAACACGGACUCGGGAAAGCUUCGAAUUGGCACCUACACUGGACCCCACCAACACUGCGCCGUCUACUCUGGAGGUUCAUCCGAUAUUGUAUGUGAGCUGCUCGGAGUAAGGGGGAAAGACAUCCUGUACAUUGGGGACCACAUCUUUGGGGACAUCCUGAAGUCUAAGAAGCGCCAGGGCUGGCGAACCUUCCUCGUGGUGCCUGAGCUGGCCCGGGAGCUGACUGUCUGGGCCCAGGAGAAUGAGCUAUUUGAGGAGCUGCAGGAGCUGGAGGUGUCUUUGGCAGAGCUGUACCAGCACAUGGACAGGAGGAGCUGUGGGCAAGCGGACAUCAGCUCCACCAAGAGAGAGAUUCAGAGGGUGACUCGGCAGAUGGACCUUUGCUACUGCAAGAUGGGAAGCCUGUUCCGCUGCGGAUUCCGCCAGACGCUGUUUGCCAGCCAGCUGAUGCGUUAUGCGGACCUCUACUCUUCAUCCAUCCUUAACCUCCUGCAUUACCCUCUCAACUGCCUGUUCAGGGCUGCACCAGUGCUGAUGCCUCAUGAAUUCGGUGGAGCUGGAGAGGGGUACUCAGGACCCAGUGAAGGGCCAGAGGAAUAUGCCAAAUGUUCUGCAGGGAUUCAUGGAGGGCAUGGAGGGCAGUGA